AUGGCCUCAACCACACCAUCACCCGCACCCACGCCACCGCCACCGGUCCUUCCCAUUACAAACCCCAAUAGCAGCGAACCCGCAGCAGCCUCACCCGCAUUCCGCGCGUUUGUGAGCUACGCAUCGGAGUCCCUUCGUCACGCGCUAUCGCAACGGCGUGCAUGGUCAGAACUCACCGACCGCACCGCAUUUUCAAAACCCUUGUCGUUCUCCGAAGCGACGCUACGCAUUCGGCACAACGUGUCGUACUUCCGCAUAAACUACUACGUCGUCGUUUCGCUAAUUCUCGCCGUUUCGCUCCUCUCGAAUCCCUUCUCUCUCUUCAUGCUGGUGGCUCUCCUCGCUUCGUGGCUCUUCCUAUACCUCCUUCGUCCGUCGGAUCAGCCUCUGCAUCUCUUUGGACGCACCUUCUCCGACUUCGAAACGCUCUCGCUCCUCGCUGCAUUAACCACUUUUCUUCUGUUUCUGACAUCGCUGGGCUCUCUCCUUGUGAACGCCGUCACGAUCGCCGUCGCGGUGGUUGGAGCACAUGCGGCGUUGAGAGUGCCGGAAGACUUGUUCAUGGACGAGCGUGAUGCUUCUCAGACCAUCGGGAUCUUCUCCAUCCUCCGCGCCGCUGUUGCCGCCCCUCCCCCCGUCGUUCCCCGCUGAAGAAGCUUCUAGAACCUCAAUUGUUCCAUUUUUAAGUUGGUUUUUAUGUUUGAUGUAUCCACAUUAUUAGUAGUAAUUUUGCUAGA